AUGGACGAUGAACAAAGCAAUUUGACAAUUAAUCUUCAAGAUGAAUCAUUAGCACUUGAAGUACCGACGAAAGGAGGUGAGGAUAAAUUACAUACAAAUAAGAAUGAAGAUUCUAAUGGUCUUAUGCUUAGUAAAACAUAUGAAUUUGACAAAUCAACAAAUAUUCCUACAGAAAAUGUUGUUCAUUAUUCAUCACAAUGCAAAAAAACGAAAAAAAAGGAAGAUGUUGAUCAAACAACUGAUGAUACAUUAACAAAACGGACAAUUAAAUCUGAUGCUGAACAACUUGAUAAUAUUAUUCGUGAACAAGUGAACGGAAAAGAUAUUACUGAUAGUCGUGGACAAUGUAUUCGUGAAACUUAUCGAUUAUUCACAAUGGAAAAGAAUUGUCCAUUAAAUGAUAUUAAAAAAUGUUUUAUGAAACAAUAUAUUUCGUCAAAUGGGAAUAUUAUUGAUGUUGAUGAUGAUUAUGAUUUGAGAUAUUGUUUUUUUGCAUGGAAAAGUACAUUAGAAGAUGGUACAUCUGAUUUAGCAUUAGAUGGUAAAAGUCAAUCAGAAGAAUAUAUCGAUAUAAAUCCGUACGAUCGUUUUACGUGGGAAGUUUGGAUGCCAGGUUUACGUGAAAGUGUUCGUGUAUCAGUUCCAGAGGGACAAUUACGAUCUCAUAUUACUGGUGGAUAUAAAAAUAUCCAACCUAGAAAUAGCAGAUCUGAUCUCGCUUGCAGCCAAUUUAUUAGUGAUCUUGAUGUUCUUGAUCACUUUCCAUUUUUGAUCAUGAUCAAUCCGAUGAACAACAACUGGCAAAAGAGCACUGCUGUCAUGAAUAAAAAUAGUACUGUGGUUGUUGAACUUGCUCUUCGCAGUGAAACUGUGGUUCCAUUAAGCAUUUUUUGCUUGAAAAAUUUACAGAGAUUAGCCAUCACAUACACUCCUUUUCCUAAUGGUAUUGUACCAGAUGAGUUGUCAAAUUUAAGACAACUUACUAGCCUCCAGAUUACUGAUGCACCUAUCGUGAAAAUGACAGAACAAUUGGGAACACUAAGCAAUCUUAAUGCAUUGUUUUUAUACAACAGUUCACUUACUCAUCUACCCAAUCUUAGUGGAAUUUCUCGACUGAUUUUUCUUAGUAUUGGUCAUAACCGAUUAUCUCAUUUAGAUGGACCGAACAGUGUUCAGCAUCUUUACCUUGGUGAUAAUGCUUUCACUGAAAUUCCCGCAUGGUUUACCCAAGCAUCGCUUCGAAUUUUAGACAUGAACAAUAAUCAUCUGGAAAAUAUGUUGGCGAUCACUUCCCUCGUCAAUUUAGAACGAUUGUACUUAAGUAAUACUAGUCUAUCAUUUAUUCCAACUGCUAUUGAUAGAUUACAAAAACUUGAGUAUCUUAUUCUGUCUAAUAACAAAUUGUUUUACCUUCCAACCAAUAUGCUCAAUUUGGUCAAUCUGAAAAAAUUGGAGCUGCAAAACAAUUUAUUUUCUCCUGUUGAUAUUCAAACAUUUCAAACAGAAUUUGCCAAGUCUCAUCCCAAUAUGAUUCUAAUAAUAUAG